AGGCCACCCACCCCAUGUACAGCCACCCGGUCCCAGCUACGGAGGGCCCUUUGGCCCGCCACCCGAAGUUCCACCGCAUAGACACUUACCUCCUGGACCUUGUCAUCCCUUCUUACCUCUUGGAUCGGGAAGUGAAUACCUCCACAGGCCCAUGAGGGAGCAUUAUAUCAAUGUACGUAGCUAACGUUAUGUGUCAGCUAAUGUGCUUCACAACAAGUCCAUAGCUAGUCGAUUUAUUCUUUAGUAGUUUGUUUCUUGAUAAAAUGUAUUAAUGCUUAAACUAGGAUACUGGUAGACAUGGUGCACACAGCCAAAACACCAUAAUGUUAAUGAUUAGUAUGUUGUUUGUACCUCAAUCAGACUCCACACUGCAGCAGUUACUCCAUUGACCGCAGCACAGUGAUCAGUCUGGGUAGUCAACAGAUUCUCCCACCAGACACACGGCAUCUUCAGAUGCCACAGUGGCCCACCGACCCUUUGGAACCACGCCAAAGAGACAUGAGGUUGGGGAAAUGUCAAGGUUCAAGGAUUUUGUGAUGCAUAGCCUAGUUCACAACCUCAUUCAACUAUGGCUGAUUGCAAUUAACAGGAAUCUGAACCGUUUUCACUUGUAUUUCAGUGAGAACUUGACGGCUGGUGAAGAAUUCCUCAGAUGCCUUGCAGCUAAUAAGCCAGUCCCUGACUUCCUCAAAGGAGUCAACCUGUUGGACGCAGGGAAGGAGGUCAAAGCACCAGGUGUACCAGAAGACCGGGGUUAUGAGAGGCAGAGACUCCGGAGCAAAUCUCGCAGUCCAGCGAAGGAAAGCAGGGGCAGGAGCAAGAGCCGAGCAAAGUGCCAGGUAAGAAGCAAGAGCCGGCCAAGAAGCAAGAGCCGUCUGCGCAGCAGAAGUCGUACCCGAGGGAAAAGCCGGGCAAGAAGCAAAAGCCGACCGAGGAGCAGGAGUCGCAGUUGUGGAAAGAGCCAGGCCAGAAGCAAGAGCCAGGCCAGAAGCAAGAGCCAGGCCAGAAGCAAGAGCAAGGCUCGUAGUAGUAGCCGUAGCCGAGGGAAAAGUCGGGCAAGGAGCAAAAGCAGAUCAAGGAGUAGGAGUCGCAGCCAUGGAAAGAGCCGGGGUAGAAUAAACCAUCACUCAGACCACAGGGACAAAAGGAGCCCCAGUCGGAGCUGUAGCGGCAGUAUCAGUAAUCACUCCUCCUGCACACAAUGACCUGCUUGAGGGCCUCAAACGGGUUAUGAACAGCAAGCAACUGGAGGACAGUAUGCCUUCCAUCAAGAAUGCCAUUCUCACAAUACAGGUAUAGUAUGAGAAAGACAUGGGUUGUUAUGGGGUAUGUUUAGUUAAUGAAUGUUCUACAAUCAUGGCGAGACCCAUUUUGAAGUAAUAUUCUAAUUUAUAUCUGCAGUGAAGAAGGCUAGACAAUAUAACAAAUGUAAAAUCAAUCCUCAAAAUAAAACCCAUUGAUGUCUUUUCUGUUUGUUCCAUAGGCCAAUAACUUUAGCAAAGAUAUCCAGAGCAGCAGAGCAAUCCAGAGCAGCAGCCUUCCAGGUGGACCAGUCUUGGCCAGCAGACAGGAAUUUCUUCAAGUAUCAGAUGGGCCUAUGCCAGUCAGUAGACAGGGUGAUCCACAGAUGAGACGGGAGGAGACCGACAGCAAUCUUCUCCCCCACGAGAGGGUGGGCUGUGACUUCUCCUGGCUGCAGGGCACCAGGGAGGUCUCGCCUGUUCAGAAGCCAGAGGAGGUCGAGGAUGAGGAGGACUUCCUCUAUGGGAAUGAGGAUAUCCAGCCAAAACAACACCCUGCCACCCUGCCUUUCGCACAGUCCACAUCCAUUACCCAGCAGAGCGAUGCAGAGAUCUCCCCGGCAGGCCCACCCUACUAUCAAAGCCAGCCUUUGUUCGGGAACCAUGGUGAAAUCCAGGUGCUCAAGAUGCCUUCUCAACCAGUCCAGUCCAGUGUGAGGCCUGAGAAGAGGGUACAGCCUGUUUCUGCUCCUGAUGUGAAGCCCGCCCCCACUGUGAAGGAAUGUGAGAAGUACAAGACUAUUUUGAAGAACAUUGGUCUGAAUUUGGGCACGGCAGAGAUCAGUAAGAUGAUGAGCAAGCUGCAGCAACAGAAGGAGGGGAAGAUGCCAGAGCAGAAGAGGGAGGAGAAACUGCUGUCACCAGCACCAGCGAUUCCUAUUGUAGUUGGGGCAUCACAGGAGCCCAGACUGGCCUCGCCAGCAUUCGGGGCAGCACCAAUACGACAAGCACUGGAGUCUUUACAGUCCAUUAUUAAAGGUUAGAGCAGUCUAUAUACAACAAAUUCACUCUUGCAGGAAACAUUUUAAUCUAUACUGAACAAAAAUAUAAACGCAACAUGCAACAAUUUCAAUGAUUUUACUAAGUUACAGUUCAUAUAAGGAAAUAAGUGAAUUAUAAUGAAUUCAUUAGGCCCUAAUCUAUGGAUUUCACUCGACUGGGUAGGGGCGCAGUCAUGGGUGGGCCUGGCAUAGGCCCACCCACUUGGGAGCCAGUCCCAGCCAAUCAGAAUGUGUUUUUGCCCACAAAAGGGCUUUAUUACAGACAGAAAUACUCCUCAGUUUCAUCAGCUGUCCGGGUGGCUGGUCUCAGACGACCCCGCAGGUGAAGAAGCCGGAUGUGGAGGUCUUGGGCUGGCGUGGUUACACGUGGUCUGCGGUUGUGAGGCCAGUUGGACGUACUGCCAAAUUCUCUAAAACGACGUUGGAGGCAGCUUAUGGUAGAGAAAUUAACAUUAAAUUAUCUGGCAACAGCUCUGGUGGACAUUCCUGCAGUCAGCAUGCCAAUUGCAAGCUCCCUCAAAACUUGAGACAUCUUUGGCAUUGUGUUAUGUGACAAAACUGCACAUUUUAGUGGCCUUUUAUUGUCCCCAGCACAAGGUGCAUCUGUGUAAUGAUCAUGGUGUUUAAUCAGCUUCUUGAUAUUCCACACUUGUCAGGUGGAUGGAUUAUGUUGGCAAAGGAUAAAUGCUCAUUAACAGGGAUGUAAACAAAUUUGUGCACAACAUUUUUGAGAAAUAAGCUUUUUGUGCAUAUGAAACAUUUCUGGGAUCUUUUAUCUCAACUCAUGAAACAUGGGGCCAACACUUUACAUGUUGCGUUUAUAUUUUUGUUCAGUAUAUAUUAAUGAUCCCAUUUCUAUAACUGUCUUUAGCAACAAGGGAGAAAAGGGCCAAUAGUGAUCCACAUGAUGGCAACCAUUCCCAGAGGAGUUCAGACAAACAGAAGGUAACAUUUACUUGGCAGUGUUAUUCCAAUCACACUCUAUUCUCUGCGAUAAACCUCAGUAUUGCUGAUGAUAAUUACUCCUGAUGUUUGUUGUGUACAGCAUGUUGUGAUGUCUAAACUAGAAAACACUGCAUUUUAACAUUGUGAUGAAAUGGGACUUUCUAGAGCAAAGAUGACGAUGAGAGUCAGAGGAGAUCAAGACAUGACCAAAUGAAAAGGAAAGAAAUUCUUGUGAAGGAACUGGAGGAAUUGCUAAUGCAGGAUGGUAUAGUAUUGUUCAUUAUAUACCUGUCUUUCCAACCAGUCUUUCUCUAUCUACAUAAUAUAAGCAUUAUUUUUGUUUCCAUCAUUACUUGCUGAUAGAAUUACUCCUAAAUUCCUUUUCAUUCCUAUAUUUUUCAGGGUCUACCUUUCUAAUUCCUGUCAUCGGGUUCUACUGCCAGAAGUGUGAGGAGUUCUUUGGAGACCUGACCACUGCUGAGGGCCAUGCAGCAACCCACAGGCGGAAUGAGCCUAGCAUGGCAAGUACCUAGCUACAUUCUCUCGCCCCACACAGUAACCCAACUGUAUACACUGCAUUGACCAAAUAAAUAACGUAGUUAAACCAUUGUAUUGUUCAACCUAGAUCACACCUCAGUAUUAACUUGAGGUUCCUUUCCAGUCCAGUUGGCUUCAGCAUCCAUAAAAAAAGUCUAAUUCCCAAAAACAAUUGUGGUGUUAUUUUCAGUAUUAUAAUCCCAAACUGUAUCAAUAUAAUUCUUAGCUACUUGUUUCACCUUGUCUAUAGCAUCAGCAUGGAGACAGACGACCUGGAGAGGACAGAGGACACCCUAGCCAUCACAGCAGAUACCCCCUGGCCCCAGAGCAGAGGGACCAGAGAGACCCAAGAGAUCAGAGGUAUCCUGAGCACCAGAGGGAUCAGAGGCACCCUGACCUUAAACGCAAACUAGAUGAGGGCCCAAAGGGUUACAGGAACGACAGGGAGAAGAUCUACGUGAAAGAGGAACGACCUGGAAGCCCCAGGAUAAAGAUGACGAUGGUCUGCGGGCACACCCCACCAGGUUUGCAGAAGGCCAGGGGGAGAGAGGAGGGGAGAGUGGAUAAGGGCUCUUGUGCUGCUUCCUCUGACCCUGCCAGUGGGAAACAUGGUAGAGUCAAACUGGAGGAGAUGGAGACCAAAGGAAAUCCCACAGUGGAAGUAUGUGACAAAAAGGACAAAGAUAAAGGAGAAAGCAGUUCCAGCAGUGAUGACGAGAAAGGCAAAUCUCCUAAAGGCAACAAAAAUAAGAAGAAGAAGAAAAAGAAGAAGAAGAAGAAGAAGAAGAAGGAAAAGGAUUAG